UCCGAACGUAAACCGGCGUAGACGUUGCGUCGUGCUCGAUUUUCGCGCUGCGAUCGUGUUUUGAUUACUCCGAUCUCUUGCCCGGUAUCUAAUUUAUAACAGAAAUUAUUCUCAGCUGAAUAAUUAAAGUGUGGACUGUGUUUAAAAGUGCGAGAAAGUUUUCGAACUCUUUGAGAAUAAGUGUGAAUUAAGUCCUAAAGACUACCCGUGUUGACGUUUUCGUGAAUAACUCGGAACGAAAGAAAUUUGUCUAACCUACAUUGACGGAGCGACGCCGGUGCUAAGUGAAAGUUUAAAAACUUGGCUGUUUUUCUGCAGUCAUAGUUGGAUUUAACAAAAGCCAUUUAGAACCGCCUUUUGUCGCGCAAACGGCUGUUGAGGAGAAUUUCUUUUAAGGACUGAAAAAUAAUUGGAAAAGUUCCGGUACACUUAUGGGAAAAUUCGCAGCUGUGUGACCCGAAAACUGUAAUAAAAAUAAACGAUUCCGCAAGAUUUAUCUUCAGGUUGAAGUUCGAUAUCUUAGGAUGAUUAAUAACUUGUAUGACGAGGGAUUUGUGAGGAUGCUUUUUUGCCGUUGAACAAGUUUUUCUGGCGCUGAGAAGUUUUUGGCGUUCUUUAUGAGGGAAAGGCGGUCUUUUCCGAUAAGCAGCGACGUGGCGUUGAAGAGUGAUAAGAAUGGAGCCGGGAAAGGGUUGGUGGUGAACUCGGUGAUCUGUGGUGUGGUGGAUGAACUGUCCAACGGGAGGAGUAGACGGGGCUCGUGGGUGCGGACCGCAGUCAUGGGGGUGCUGCGGUGGAAGGAUUUGACAGGCGUCAGGACUAGCACGCCUACUGAACCUAAAGAGGUGUCGCGGAUCGAGAACCGCCGUACCGUGUCGCUUGGCGACCGGCUGCCGUACGGCACGGACCCGCGCGUGCCGCCGGCGCACGGCACGGUGGCGCCCGCGUCGCCCGGCGCGGCGGCGGCGCAGCGGAAAGUCGCCCUCGCAUGUCAGGCCAGCAGGAGGUUGCUGGAAGAUACGCUCGCUAAGCCUGGAACCCCACCGACGAUAGUCCAGCCCCCCAAUGGAGGGUACUGGGUGGACGGCGUGGACGAGACUCCUGACGAGGAUCACGAGCCGCGCUCGCAGCCCGGCACGCCGCGGCAGGCCGGCCGCCGCCACAACAUCGACACCGACGACAUCGCCAAGUACUACAGGAGAUUCUUCCUAGGCAAGGAGCAUAUAAACUUGGUCGGGACGGACGAGAAUUUGGGGCCUGUCGUGAUGUCCCUCAAGAGCGAACAUAUGGCGGGGCACGACCACACCAGGAUACUCCUCAGAUUACGCACAGAGACCAUGCAUGGACUCAUACCCACCACUAGAUCAGGCGCAAUGCCAUCGCCGUUAAAAAUGGCGAAGAUGCUUAACGACCAAGUGAACGUCGACAACUUCAUGGCGGUGAUGUGCCUCAACGCAUCCUCGCUGAUCUCAACCUACGACGAGCACGUGCUAGUCGCCACCUUCAAGUUCGGAGUGCUGUACCAGAAGUACGGACAGACGACGGAGGAAGAACUCUUCGGGAACAACGAGACGUCACCCGCUUUCGACGAGUUUCUAGAAAUGCUCGGGCAGAGAAUCAAGUUGAAAGACCAUAAAGGCUACCGCGGCGGUCUCGACAUCAUGAACGGUCACACCGGCACCGAGGCGGUAUACGAGCGAUUCUUCGAUCGGGAGAUUAUGUUCCACGUGGCCCCCCUCCUACCGCAUACGGCUGGCGACGCGCAGCAGCUACAGAGGAAGAGGCACGUCGGGAACGACAUUGUGGCGAUUGUUUUUCAGGAAAAGGCAACUCCGUUCACGCCAGACAUGAUUGCGUCUCAUUUCCUGCACGCCUUCAUCGUCGUCACGCCCGUGGAGACUACCGGCGGGGAGACCAGGUACAAGGUGGCCGUCACCGCUCGUGGAGACGUACCAUUUUUCGGGCCGACUCUCCCCCAGCCAGCAUACUUCCGCAAAGGGCGCGAGUUCAAAGAGUUCCUCCUCACCAAGCUCAUAAACGCCGAGAACGCGUGCUACAAAGCCGAGAAGUUCGCCCAACUCGAGCUGAGAACACGGGCGUCGCUACUGCAGAAUUUGGCCGACGAACUGAAGAACAAAACGGUGGAGUUCCUUGGUACGGGGGCGCGGAUGGAGGCCGGGGCGGUGUCGCCGCAGCCGGAGGGCACGCCGCGGCAGGAGGGGCCCAGUACGAGGUUCAUUGAUACUGUGAAGAAGGCGUUCAUAUCGAAAGUCAGAUCACCGAGCGUAGACACGAACCUCUCAGGCGAUAGUAGCAAGAAUGUUCUGAAUAAGAAAAUGAGCAGUAUGCAAGAUACACCCACCCCUAAUAGUGGCCGUUCUAAAACGUCAGUAGCGUCAUCGUCAGCGAGCGCGGUUUCCGUGCGGUCGGCCGGCGGCUCGGACGCGUCCAGCCCCGACGUGACGUCACGCGCCGCCGGCCCGCGCCCGCCCAUGCACGACCACAGCGACGACUCCAGUUUGAACUCUGUGGAUUUGGAUCCUCUUGACGACAAGGACUGGCUGAGUUGUGGUAAAAGUGCAACAGGUGGCGUGUACGUAGACAGCGACACAGGCCUAGAGUCCAUGUCAUCAGCGGAAGCGGGCGCGAACCCGCGUGGAGAACCGCCCGUCGCUCCUCGCGCCGACGCCGAGCUACUAAGGCAGGAGGUCUGCAAGCUCAAGAACGAUAAGCUGGAUCUGUUGAAGCAGAAUAUUAGUUGGCAGAACGAAAUAAAAUGCCUACGCGAGAAGGAGAUGACGCUACAAGCUAAACUGGACGCCGCGGCGCGUGAACUGAGGCGGCUCCGCGACCAGCAAGGCUCCACCAUUAUCCCCAACCCAUCGACGCACGACUCCACCGCCUAGACACAUCAAAUCAACGAAAAUGCACCCUAUCAUUUACGGAAUAAGAAACGUGGCGGUUGCAAUUUGUAACUUUGUUUUACAUUUUAUACCAACUUAUUUUUACGGUUGAUAAGAUUUAAACCAGAUACAAAUGUCGCGAGCUCUCGAAUUUAUGAACCGCAAAAAUAAGUUGGUGAUAAGGAUGGGAAGGAUAGCAUUAGUUUAAAGCAGUUUUAAAUGUUUUGGUGGGCUUCAUUAAACUCAGUGUGUAGUUGAUGUAUGUCUUCAUGCAGGAAUAUAGAUUCUAUACCUACUUGCUCUCUAGGACGAAUUAUAUCUCGAAAAUAGAUAUAAUAAUUGUCUUAAAUGGAUCUUAAUGUGAAUGUAGGUAGGUAUACAUUUACCUUAUUUUCUACUUGUGCAAUAUAAUUUCUGCUGCAAUAUAGUACUUAUACUACAAACACCACGCUCUUGCUAUCCAGAUACGAUUAACGGCUGGGAUUCCAAACAUUUUUUGCACAUAUUUUCUGGGUAUUAACCCCGCCAUGUUUAAAAAAUGUUUAGGACUCUGGUCGCUAUUUGUACAACUCUAUUUAUACGUAUUUAAAACAUGGCUAUAUGUCGUUUGAUAUAUAAUAUACAGCACGUAUUGUAACGUUUCUAUGACUAAUUUAGAGAGAAUAUGAUUCUAAUCUUUUAUAUGUUGUUAUACCAGAACUGUCUAUGCGAUCUUAUUUCCAAGGUUCAGUCAUACGUAUAUUUCGUAUGGACGUUUGACCUGUGGUCUUUAAAUGUUCGCAUGAUGGACUUCGCUUUUGUAAAUGUUGUGAUAAAGUAGUUUAUUUGGGACGUUUAAUCUAAUGUAAACUUUCUGGUUUCCGAGUAAUAUGUAAUUGAUUUGUAAGCACACACAAAGAAUCUCAUUAAAAGGAUAUAGUUUAAUUAUCAAGGCAUUAGGAAAAAUACGUAUUUUACAUAGGAAACGCAUAAUAACUACAUUACUGUACUCGUUGAAGCUGUAAUUCUUUUGAUUAUUUUAUAUUGUACAACUAUUCUUGCAUUAGAUGCGAGGUACAACUGAGGUCAUAAUUCAUAAAUAAGUGUACAUUUGUUUACCCUAUUCUAAAGAAAUGUGGUACCUAAUAAACUGUAUGCCAUUAUUAUGAUUAUGACUGUACCCAAACUGUAUGUUGCGUGCAUAGUGCCCUUAAUCUUUUUUCAACUUGUAUAUAUUUUAUACAUAGGUAUAUAGAAUACAUAUUGUAUUCCCUUUACGAAUUACUUUACGCGCAAAAAGUAUAUUUACACGUUAGCGAAAUAUUCUAUAGAGAAAUUGAAUAUUCAUUUAUAUCAUUGUAGCGUAUGCCUUCCAACGAUUCUCGUUAUUUAGUGACGAAAUUGAUAAAUGGAAUGCAAUUUUUGAGUCAUCUGAAUGUUUUUAAAAGCUUAUUUCAUUAAAUUUUAGGGAUCUACCACACCAAUGCUUCAUAUGAAUACUUAAACGCAUGUCUAUGCUGCGUACGACGGUGUGGAAGUUCCUUAAUUUUGUACGUUGCGUAUAGAUCUGAGAAUUUUCGACUAAAUUUGGAAAAAAAAAUCUUAAAUAGCGGGUAUAUCUUAAGCUUUUGUUACUAGAAAGGCUAUUUAUUCGUAAUGAUGGUGCGUUAGUAACAUUUUAUUGAAAAAAACAAAUCGAUACAAAUGGUUUGUUAGAUAAUGUCAUAGAGCCCAGUUUAUCCGUAUUUGCAUAUUCAGCAUAGUGCAAUGUUAAUUUCUAAACUUAAUUCUAUUAGAUUUAUAGUUUUUACUUUAAGUUAACCAGUUAUUGUACAUAUUUAGGAACUGGACCACUAUCGAUACAGUAUUUUCUUAAUUUAUGCUUGAUAGGCGUAAGAUUCGUUUCGAAUGUCUUUGAGUUGAUUAUGUUUUGUUGAUUAUCAUUAAUAUUUUAUACCAAAGUUAACAUUCCCCACUAAAUAGUAUAGAUUAUUAUUUUGUAUAAUUAUUGCUUUUAUAAAUGGUACACCAGUAUUCUUUAUGUUAUAAAUAAUUUAACCGACGGAGCACGCUAACAAUAAUUUUCUGAGUUUACAUUAAAAUUAGUUUGACUAAUUGUAAGUAUGGUGGCACUUUCACUGGAAUGAUGCACAUAAUUUUGCAUUUUUUUGAGUCUCGAGAUUUAUUUAAACACCUAAUUAUGUCGCCAUAUAAUUAAUGUAAUCUUUUGAUAUUUUUGUUUGAUUGUUGAUUAUAAAAGUAAUUGACAAAAUGUUGAUUCGUCUUCUGACUACUGUCGUUAUUAAACCAAAUAUCGCGAGUAUGGAGAGUUAGAAGAAAUAGUUUAAUAUAAGAGAUACUAUUGAAUUAUAUGAAUAGUUAAUACUAAAUAUUAA